UCCGCACAGCCGGAACCAAAUCAUCUCUGGACACUUUCCGUGCAGCCGAUUUUCGCGUUUGGCAUUCAGAGUUCGCGCGUACAACUGUUAGCAGCAGUAGAGCUGCUCGUGUUGAAAAAUCGGGAGUCAGUUAAAUUAAAAUAACCGUUUGAAACAACAUUCAGUUUGAUAUUUAUCCAAAAUUGUUUGUGAAGUCACACUUUAAAUGCUCCCUACAGAGGUUUGGGCGCUGGAGUCGUGAAUAAUGUUGGCACAGGAGAUUUCACCUACGGAAAUCGGCAAACACGCAAACAUUAUAAGAGCUGCCCAGGAGGAAUUGGCAAACAUGGACGUUCUUGUGUGCGGACGCUGUCUCCGGGCCUACAACUUCGUGGAAGAGUUUCAGGCCCACAAAGAGGAUGCCUGCGAAAAGGAAAAUGCAAAUUUGAAGGAAUCGCUCGACCCCAAGCCCACCAUCUGGGCUUUCACACUAUGGAAAGCUACUCAGCUGCACUCGCGCAAGGACGCGUCCGGCAACUCGUGGGCCUUGUACCAGCAUUGGGUAAAACUGGACGAUAGCGUCCGCGAGCCGUGGAUUGUGGCUGGGAAGACCAUACAGUCAUUCGGCAAAAUUGCACACGGACAACUCCAGGACAUGCCUGUGCGAAUCACAAAGACUGUGGUCAAUCCAAACAAUAACAACACAUCAAAUAGCAACAACAACAACUCGAGCGUCUCCCCUACCAGAAAAUCACCAACCGGUAAGCUGCCUACGUUAGCCAAUCAACUAAAGGAUACAGAAAACGAAAGACCCAAGUCCAAGCCGGGCACACCAACGCCUUCCUCAGUUCCCUCUGCCGGAGCCGUGAAGCCCAACAACCGCAUAGCCAUUAGGGUCGAUUCCAAGACAGAUCAGCGCACCGAAGAGCCAGUGGAGAAGAUAGUCGCUAAGCGCUUUAACCCGCGCCGGAAGACUCACGAGUAUUUGGUUAAAUGGGUUGAUCGCUCGCAUCAUGAAAACACCUGGGAGGUGAUGGCCAAUCUCGAGCGUGUGCCAUACUUUCUGCAGAUGUUCGAAAAGCAAUUGGCGCGUCAGAAACUUACUAGGGAGAAGGGUCUGGAUGCUCUGAAGCGCAUGCAGUCAUCAGGGACAAACGCAAAGUCAGAUACUGCCUCCCCACUCAGCCCACUUCCGACGUCGUCGCAAGUAUCGCCAUCUUCUCGGCCCUCGCGAACUUCCAAGACCAAGGCCAUGGACGCCUUUAAGCAGUGGGUCAAUGAAACCGUCGGCGGAGAUGGAUCCUCCUCGCCUUCCUCGGCAAACGAAGAUGAAUCCUCCACGGAACAGGAAUGGCCACCGUCUUCAGGAGCGAUCAAGCGAAAGCUGAACAAUACAGACUCAAGUUUAGAGGGGAGCGGGGUAAACGACUCGAUGGACCUAGAGGACCUUGAAGAGGAUCUUCCAUCCCACACCGUGAAACGUCUAAAAAACGGAGGAAGCUCCGUGCAGCUGAACAAGCCACGGAUUCAGCCCACGGAAAAGCAGCAGACUAAAGUUAACGGCAAUUCCACCUCGCCCUUAACGGAACAGAGAAUGGGUGAAAUCAUCUAUACUGAGGACAGCACGAGCUCCGGCAUGUUUCGCAAGCCCGAGAUGCCAAACACAAUAAAUUUGAAAAAGGAGAAACCAGAGUGUCCCGUGCGGUAUCUUUCGCGCUCCGAGGUGGGCAGCAGCACAAGAGGCGUUUUUCGGGUUGAAAGUUCCGAGGCGUCGGCACCCGUUUCGCCUGCACCCGUUCCGCAAAAAGUGAUCGCCGCGCCGCCCACGGCAGGCAUAGCCAAGCGUUUGCCAAUGGCUCGACCUGCGCAUUCGGGCGUUAACUCGCCCAUCACUGUGGGCCAGCGACAACACGCGAUUCGCGCCCCCGGCCACGGCCCAGUAACAACAGCACUUCAUCGCCGUCCUGCAGUGGGUGGUACAUCCCAUGUGCGCCAAAACUUGCAGCAGACGCCCGGCCGGGCUCACCCGGGCGGUCGAGUCCUUGCACGGGCCGGUGUCGGAACUCCGCAACAUCGCCAACAAGUACAAACUCCUCAGGGUGCCAAGGCAGUUACGCCAGAGCAAAAGAUUUUACAGCUGUCAAAGUCAGGGGACUUGAAAGUUACGCGUAAAGUAGUGACCCGGGAAGAGUUGUUGGCUCAGCGCUCUGCCCAGGCACGCCAGCGUCAGGCUCUGUCUCAGCAGCAGUCCAGUCAACAACAGAAAGCGACUCCUGGCCGGCAAAGAAUAGCUUCCAAGCCAACAAUCCAGCCAACGCCCCUGCAAAUGGAACUGGAGGAGGAGAUUAAUCAGCACCAAGCUCAGUUGUGUCCAAUCACCGGCAAGCUUAUUGGUCAGGAGGAGACCCAACUGCAAAUGGAGCAGGAGCAGCAGCAGGAGCAACAACGAGAGCAGUUGGAAGCCGCGGCACAGGCCCUUUUGGGCAGCGAUCAACAAGUUCUUACCAACGAGGACGGCUCGGCAUUGCUGGUGCGGGGAGAGGACGGCACUGUUUACCAGGUAGCGGGAAAAAAUGCGGAGGGACAAACUAUUCUCGUUACGCAGGGCCCGGAUGGAGAACAGCAGUUUGCGUACGUGGCAGCCGCAGAGGGAGAAGACCAGGAUGUUCUUUCCCUUGACCACGCAGUGGCCGAAGCCGUUCAGGCCGGGGAACAGGUUGAGUCUCACGGCGUCGGAGCAGCUACGGCGGACGGUGAACAGAUUCUCGUAUCCAUGACAGAGGAGGAGUUGGCGCAACACCAGGUGCUUCAACAAGCGGAGGCUUCUGCCGCCGGAACCGGAACGCCACCCACAGCUCAGAUCCAUAUCACGACCUCAGACAGCGAUGGCACGGAAUCCCAGAUACCAGCGGAGGUGGUACAGGCAGAUUUGCCUUCACCGGGAGGUACGCGUCGCGUUGUUUUGUUGCUUCAGGAUGGCACCUUCAUGAUGACUGAGAUGCACGAAGAUCAGUUUAAGACGCUCAACAUCCCAACGUAAAAUCAUGUUAAUAGUAGUAUCCGUACAUAUAAUUAGGCUUAGUUUUUAAGACUAUAAUAUUGAAAGAACCUGACGUUGCUAGGUUCUUCCCAUUUCCACUUUUGUUUGGUCCUAGCCAACCCACUCUCUUGGCCAUGAGUAUGCACCACCAAUGACUGAGAGCCGUGUUUGCUACUAGUGAAUAUUAUUCUUUCAAAAGCAUACUGGGAACCAGAACGCUAAACCUCUAGCGAAACAAUAAUGCUGCGCCGGGGAAACAAAAGGCAUCGUACGAUGAAAUAAAUUAUGCGAAUACCUUAUUUAAAACAUUAUUUUGUCGUGGGAGGCAAGCAGUUCUACGAUAUUUACAACUGCAGCCAAGGUGAGAGAUUCUUUCAUCGAUGUUCUCAUAUUUUGUAAUUUCCGCACGCACAAACAAAACAUGCAUUUAUCGGCGUCCCAUCAAUGGUUGGUAAUAUUUUGGACUUGCUUUUAAUUUACAACUCGUAAAAUCAUUAAGUAAAUCUUUGUCGUAGAAAGUUUUAAAUUUCCCGAAAUGCAUAAUUUUGCUUUUAACAUGAAUCGUUAAAUAACAAUAACGGACUUAGAUGUAAGUAAAAUUACAUUAGAUAUGAAUUGUAAAUUAUUUAAGUUCUUUUAAACUAGAAAACGAAACGAUAACAUCAUGUAUCUCCGUAAAGAUAGCACAAGCAAGCGGCUAUGGGAGAGCAAAGCCUAAAUGUUAUCAGACUGCAUUUUUCAAAUGCUUUUCUAAGCGUAGGGUUGCAAUUUUCUUGAUCAAUACAGUAGCGUAGGUCUCACUUAUAUCACUCAUAAGCCGGCUUACUUUUGCAAAUCAAAACGAAUAUUUAAACUUUCGAGCCCAAUAAACAAAGAAUUUCAGUGAA